CAGCUGCAGGGACAGUUUCAUCUAAAUGAGAUGCAAAAAACUGGAGAUGUGGUUCUGGGUGGACUGUUUCAAGUCCAUUUCUUUUCAAGUGUUCCUGAUCUGUCUUUUACCUCGCAGCCACAAAAGCCUACUUGCCAUGGUGUGUAUGUCCUAGGAUUUAAGCUUGCACAGACCAUGGCCUUUGCUAUUGAUGAGAUCAACAGAAACUCAAACCUGCUACCAAAUGUGACUCUGGGAUACACUCUGUAUGAUAACUGCCUUGAACUUGGAAUUGGAUUCCGUGGAGCAUUGUCAUUAGCCAGUGGUCAAGAGGAUCAAAUUGUAGUAGAUGAUACAUGUGUUGGAAAUCCUCCAGUCAUAGGGGUUGUCGGUGAUUCAUCUUCUACAAAUUCUAUUGCAAUCUCCAACGUCUUAGGCUUGUACAGAGUACCUAUGGUGAGUUAUUUUGCCACAUGUUCCUGCCUGAGUGACCGUCAAAAGUAUCCAUCCUUCUUUAGAACGAUCCCAAGUGAUGCUUUCCAGGUACGUGCAAUGAUCCAGAUUCUAAAACAUUUCGGCUGGACUUGGGCAGGUCUGCUCGUCAGUGAUGAUGAUUAUGGACUUCAUGCAGCCAGAUCCUUUCAGUCUGAGCUGAGUGUGUCUGGUGAAGGUUGCCUGGCCUACACUGAGGUUUUACCCUGGGACAAAGACACAGAUGAACUCCGGAGGAUUGUUGAUUUGAUGAAAACCUCUACAGCUCGAGUUGUCAUUGUCUUUGAACAUCCUAGUCGCAUGAUGCACCUUAUGGAUGAGGUAGUAAGGCAAAAUGUGACUGGCCUACAGUGGAUAGCCAGCGAGGCCUGGACAGAAUCUGCUGUGCUUCAAACACCUCACUUUAUGCCAUACCUGGGUGGUACACUGGGUAUCACCAUUCGUCGAGGAGAAAUACCAGGGCUCAGGAAAUUCCUGUCGCAAAUACGUCCUGAGCUACAUCACAACACUAGCUACGGAAAUAGCAUGGUGAAUCAGUUUUGGGAAUUCACAUUUCAGUGCAGAUUUGCUCCAGCUCCAGCAGGCUGGCUGGAAGGUGGAGGUGCACUAUGCACUGGACAGGAAGAUCUAGGAAAUGUUGACACCGAGUACUUGGAUAUUUCCAACCUGAGGCCUGAGUAUAAUGUGUACAAAGCUGUAUAUGCACUGGCACAUUCCCUUGAUGAUAUGCUACGGUGCAAGCCAGGAAGAGGGCCCUUCAGUGGGAACAAAUGUGCCACCUUACAGUCACUGGAGCCUUGGCAGCUUGUUUAUUACAUGGAAAGAGUGAACUUCACCACUCCAUUUGGCGAUCAAGUGUCAUUUGACGAGAAUGGUGAUGUAGUACCAAUUUAUGAUGUUAUUAACUGGUUGUGGCUCCCUGAUGGAAGUACUAAAGUUCAGAAUGUGGGUGAUGUUAAAAGGACAACUUUCAAAGGUGAAGAACUCAUACUUGAUGAAGGCAAAAUCUUCUGGAACUUUGAAUCCAAAAUGCCACCUCGAUCAGUAUGCAGUGAGAGUUGUCCUCCUGGUACCCACAUGGUGAGAAGGAAGGCGGAGCCCGAAUGCUGUUUUGACUGCAUCCCUUGUUCUGAGGGAAAGAUCACUAACACAAGCAGCUCCUUGGAGUGCACCAGUUGUCCAGAGGAUUUUUGGUCAAACCCACAGCGUGAUCUAUGCAUUCCUAAGAAGACAGAGUUUCUCUCCUAUCAUGACCCUUUGGGUAUUUGUUUGACAGCAACCUCCUUACUGGGAACAUUUAUAUGUGUUGUUGUUCUGGGGAUCUUUAUCUACCAUCGCAGAACACCUAUAGUACGUGCCAACAAUUCAGAACUUAGUUUCCAGCUAUUGUUGUCACUUAAGUUGUGUUUCCUUUGUUCACUUUUGUUCAUUGGACGGCCCAGGAUGUGGACAUGCCAACUCAGGCAUGCAGCGUUUGGCAUCAGCUUUGUGCUUUGUGUCUCAUGCAUUCUGGUAAAAACCAUGGUUGUUCUGGCUGUGUUCAAAGCCUCCAAGCCAGGAGGGGGAGCCAGUCUGAAGUGGUUUGGUGCUAUGCAGCAGAGAGGAACAGUUCUGUUUCUGACAUCUAUUCAGGCAGCCAUCUGCACUACCUGGCUUGUCUCUUCCUCUCCAACUCCACAUAAAAACACCCAAUACCACAAUGACAAGAUAGUGUAUGAGUGUGCAGUUGGGUCAACUGUUGGUUUUGCAGUGUUAUUGGGCUAUAUUGGCAUGCUGGCUGUCCUCAGUUUUUUAAUUGCAUUCCUGGUGAGGAAUCUCCCUGAUAGUUUUAAUGAGGCCAAGCUCAUCACAUUCAGCAUGCUGAUCUUCUGUGCUGUGUGGGUGGCCUUUGUUCCUGCUUACAUCAGCUCACCAGGAAAUCUUGCAGAUGCAGUGGAGGUAUUUGCCAUUCUUGCUUCAAGUUUUGGACUCUUGAUCACACUGUUUGGACCCAAAUGUUACAUAAUCCUGUUGAGACCAGAGAUGAACACAAAGAAAGCUGUUAUGGCUCGUGGCAUUGUGUCAUAA